AUGUCUAUUGAUCCAAUGGCCUAUGAGGCCCAGUUCUUUGGUUUCACACCACAGACUUGCAUGCUUAGGAUCUACAUUGCAUUUCAAGAUACCCUAUUUGAAGUGAUGCAGGCUGUUGAACAGGUUAUCCUGAAGAAGCUGGAUGACAUCUCAGACUGUGACAUUAGUCCAGUGCAGAUUCGCACAUGCACAGAGAAGUUUCUUAACUUCAUGAGAGGAUGUUUUGAUAACCUUUUUGGAAAAAUGGAGCAGCUAUUUUUGCAGCUGAUUUUGAACAUUCCUCCAAACAUUCUGCUUCCGGAAGAUAAACCCCAGGAGAUGCAUCCUUACAGCGAGGAAGAAUUCCAACUUCUUCAGAACGAGAUUGAAAAGUUGCAGGAGACAUACAAGACUGAGUUAUGUGCUAAGCAGGCUCUUCUUGCCGAAUUAGAAGAGCAGAAAAUUGUUCAGGCCAGACUCAAACAGACAUUGACUCUGUUGGAUGAACUUACAAAUGUGGGCAGAGAUCAUGGAGCUAGUGAUUUUAGAGAGAGUUUGGUGUCGCUGACCCAGAACUCCAGGAAUCUACAAAACAUGAGAAACAAUAUAGAAAAAGAAGCCACCACCGGGGGCUACACCAUCAGCACCCGAGCCGCCACUGGGGCCCCCAGUUAG